GAGAGAGAGGGACGAAGCUGGCCGGGCAGGCUGUUACCCCUCAUUCAGCCAGUCCGCAGGAGGAGAGGUGUUUCAGCAGGGUCCAAUCAUGGCUGAAGGUUGACGCGGAGGUGAUCUAAAACUACUACCAAUUACAAGACUACUAUUAAUCACAAUGAAGGCGACUCCCGAGCUGCCUCUGCGGAUCUUGACGCAUAAUAUCCGGUAUGCUACCUCGGCGCCGUUCAAGGGGGAACGGCCGUGGGCGGAUCGCCGACAGCUGCUCAUCAAUGAGCUGGAGCACAACACCCGGCACUGUCCGGACAGCUUUGUCUGUCUACAGGAGGUGCUCCACCAACAGCUGGUAGAUAUCCUGAACGGACUGAACGACCACGGCGAGACACCGGUGGCAGCAGAGGCCCCGCGGUGGGCGUACAUCGGUGUAGGCCGCGACGACGGCCGGCAGGCGGGCGAGUACUCGCCCAUCUUCUACCAGCCCGCCGUGUGGGAGCUACGGCACUGGGAGACCACCUGGUUGUCGGAAACGCCCGACCGGCCGUCGAAGAGCUGGGAUGCCGCCUCGAUCCGCAUCGUCACCAGCGGCGUCUUCACCCACCGCACCAGCCGCCGCACCGUGCUGGCCAUGAGCACGCAUCUGGAUGACCAGGGGGCAAGGUCUCGCUUCGAGGCCGCGAGCAUCAUUCUCGCCAAGAUCGAUGAGUAUCGCGCUCACGACACGUACGGGCCCCUGCUGGCCGGCGUCUUCCUUGCCGGCGACUUCAACAGCCGAGACUACCAGGAAGCCUACAAGGUACUGACAACCGACCUGGCCGACGCUUUCCAUGCGGUCAACCCGGUGCGCCGCUACGGCAACCUCAACACCUUCACGGGCUUCAGUGCGGAGGACGAGUCCCCCAAACGCAUCGACUACAUCCUCUUGGGCCGGGAUGAUCCCUGGUCCGUCCAAGGCUACGCCGUGCUGGCGAACCGUUUCGACGAUGGGGUUUUCAAUUCCGACCACCAGGCGGUGAUAGCCGAUGUUUCUCUUCACAACCACCAGGAAUAAUUGCACCAUACCCCCCCCCU